UUUAAUUCUUUGGUUCGGAAAUUUUUAUUCGAGGUGUUCAUCCACCUUUGUGGAUGCCAUGCCGUUUUCAAAAUUGCACCUGGCGGUCAUUUGCCAAAAUGAGCGCUCCCAUCGACGACCUCCUGUACGACGACGACGAUGACGACGACAUGUCCUUAGGAAAUACAGACAUGACGAGUGGGUUCGCGCAACAGUCCAUGGGAAUGUUACCUCCACCAGGGGCGGUCCUUUCGCCGCAGCCGAUUCUCGUGCAACCGCCUGUUGGUGUAAUCGCUCCGCCGCAUCAAGCUAUGGCUGCUCCAAUUGCCUACACUCCGUCUCCAACCGCCCCUCCACCUGUCAUGACGCAAGAAGAGAAGAUCAAGAAGUUGUUUCGACUUAUUCUCGAACGGUUUCCAGACAAGUACAAGCCCUUGUUUGAAGAAGUGCGCACGCGGCAAAUUGGUGUCAAGAACGACAUGAACUUCAUCGUGGACUUGGUCAAGCGAUCGUUGGGAGAGCCAAUCUUCAAUGUGCUGUGCCAAGAAGUCGGUGGAUUUUCCAUUCCGACGUCGACGCCGCGGACGUUUCCCACCCAACCCACGAUGAAGGCAGAGCCGGUGCCCACUGUGCCAACUUCCAUUCCGUUUUCGCAAGCACUGACGACCUACCAGGCAGCCCCCACGCCGAACCGUCCAAUGGCAGCUACGUUGCAACCAGCGCAGCAACGUGCGCCAGCCCCAGCAGCUGUGGUUGCACCACCAUCUGCAGCCACGCAUCAGUCGACGGAGGCCAGUGCCAAGAUUCGCUUUGCCCGUCAGUUGCUGGCGCAUUCAGCUACCUGUACAACAGCCCCCGGCGAAUGCAAAGCGAUGGCCAAAUGCGACGACAUCAAGCGCUUCUUUAAGCACAGUAUGACGUGUGGAGGGGGGCGCGAGUGCCACCACUGCGAACAAUUGCGCACGCUGGUUAAAUUGCACGCGACCGAAUGUACUGUCGGGCCUCGAGACCGGUGUCCGAUUCCCUUUUGUGACACCAUGCGGUCGAAUGGACCACGACAGCCCUCGAUGAAAGACCCACCGGCAAAUUCUCCUCAGUCGAAUGUACACCCAGACCUCCACGAGCCUCAAGCCGUAAAAAAACAGGUGCCCCCAUAUACCCAGCCGAGUCCAGCGACCCAACAUGCAGCACCUGCAGCACCAACCCCCCAAGCCACAGCAACGGCGACUCCCGCGACAACGACGCAGCAAACACCCAAAGCGACGGACUACGGUCAAAUCUUGCAGAUGAUCCUUCACUGCCAAAAGUGCAGUUUGUCGUCGGGAUGCCCCGCCCCAGGCUGCAGCGAGUCCAAGGAAUACAUGAGGGAAAUGCAAAACCCCGCCACGACUGUUGUCAAGGCGAAAACGUACUUGCAAGUAUUCAAUCACUACAAGCAGUGCCCCAACAAAGUCACGUGUCCCGUUUGCAGCGUCAGUCUCCAGCCGCUUCCGUUUGCCACGGCUCCUCCGCAGCAACCCGCGACAAAUACCGGGGCAGCUGUCGCGGUCCCUGGUCAACAACUGACUCCUCAAGGUUUGACGACCAAGCGCCCAGGCACGGCGACUUCGCCGCGCUCCCCGCUCGACGGCGGACCUGCCAAGAAGGUGAAGGCGUCCCCCGCGAACAGCUUUGCCCCGUCUUCGGUCACCAAGAAAGCUUUGGCGUCCAAUGCAACGGCGUACCUGCAACAGAACCACCCCGGCGCUAUCGAAACGUAUGACUUAACGGAAGAACUAGCGCCGACCAACGCCAAUGACUUGCGCCGGGAAGCGGAUGUUCUGACGCACACGAACAUCGAUCCGCAAGUGGAAAAGCGCAUCAUGUUGGCCGGCGUGCCCCCCAAGGCCAAGCAACUUGGGCCCAAGCGAGAGACCUGGAGUGAACUCUUCCAGCACCAAGGACUUCAACAAACGAUGGCCAAAGCCUUCAUCGCCGGUGGUUUGCAGCCCCAAACAGGGGAAGAUGUAACGGAAGUGAUGGGCCUCGCCCUCCAUGAGUACCUCAAGCAAGCGUUGGAAGAAAUGGUCGAAAUUGCUAAGCAGCGCAACGACGCAUAUGCGAACAGCAUUCCCCGCAAGCAGCCACCUCCGCCGUCUUCCCACCCCGCCAAGGUAUGGGCAUACAUGGGCCGAGAAAGCACGCAUUCUUACUCUGCUUUUUGUACGGUAGACUGCCGUGGAGAUCCUGCGAUUGAGCUCGGAUGAACACUUCAAUCGACAGAUGCAAGCAGACCAAGCGCUUCGUUCCGAACUGUUGGAGGAAGGGCGCAAGGACGAGUCGGCUGAUAAGGACAAGAACAACAAGCGGCGUAAAGGCAAAGCGAAUCCAAAAGCACCGCCGUCUGCGUCGUCUACGUCCAAGAAGGACCUCAUGGACAAAGACGAAGAAGACAUGGAUAUUGACGAAUUGGCACGCAAGGACUUGAAGCUCAAGUUGACGCAGGAAGGCUCGGUGAUGCUGGAAGGACGUGUGAACACGUCAAUCGCCCCAAAUGCCCGUCGAAACAAGCACGAAAUCCAAGUCACGAUGGAAGAUGCCGAGUACUGGUUGCGCAGCCAGAAGCCGUACGUGGACGCCAAGUUGUUUUGUCGCGCGAUGGCGGCGCGGAUUCACUCGAAAAAUUUGUAACUGUAUUAAGUUUAACAGGUCGAACCCUAAUCGA